UGUACUCUUAAUGCACCCCUCCUCACUACUAAACUGACACGUGUACUGACAAGUGAGCAUCACUGUCACACUCACCACCCCUUCUUAAACAUCACCAUCAUCACCACCAAUACCCACACACUCACAUCACACGUGCCUUCUCUCCUUCCUCUUCCAAAUUGAUUCCAAACUUGGGAACACAGAUAAUUAUUAACUAAUGGGAGCGGUCACGUCGUCGAUGGCGGCGAAGUUCGCCUUCUUCCCCCCUAACCCGCCGUCCUACGGUGUCGGGGUGGAUGCCGUGACGGGGAAGCUGAAGAUGACGGGGGUGGCCACCAGGGAAAAUGUCGACGUUUUGAAGCUCUGCACCAGACGAGGGAACACCAUCGUUGCCAUCUACAUUGCAAACCCUUCCGCCUCCUCCACUCUGCUCUAUUCCCACGGCAACGCCGCCGAUCUGGGUCGGAUGUACGAGUUGUUCUCCGAGCUGAGUCACCACCUCCGAGUCAACCUCUUAUGUUAUGACUAUUCUGGAUACGGUCAGUCUUCUGGUAAGCCUAGUGAGCAGAACACGUAUGCAGAUAUAGAAGCUGCAUAUAAAUGCCUUGUAGAAAUGUAUGGGGCGAAAGAGGAAGAUAUUAUUCUGUAUGGCCAAUCUGUCGGUAGUGGACCCACCACAGAUUUGGCUACGCGUUUACCAAACCUUAGGGCUGUCAUUCUACACAGUCCCAUCUUAUCUGGUCUCCGAGUCAUGUAUCCUGUGAAGCGGACAUAUUGGUUUGACAUUUAUAAGAACAUUGAUAAAAUUCCUUUGGUCAGAUGUCCAGUUCUGGUAAUUCAUGGAACAGCUGAUAAUGUAGUUGAUUGCUCCCACGGGAAGCAGCUUUGGGAACAUUGCAUACAAAAGUACGAACCCCUGUGGAUUAAAGGAGGAAAUCAUUGUGACCUGGAGCUUUACCCUGAAUAUAUAAAGCACCUCAGGAAAUUUAUUGUGGUUAUUGAGCGGCCACCGUAUAAAAAAACUGGAUCUGAACCGAUUCCUGAUCAACUGGACAGACCUAGGAGUAGCACAGAUUUUAGAGAGAAACCUAGACUCAGCAUGGAUCUAAGGGAGACUUUGAGACGAAGUUUUGACUUCAAAGAAAAGCCAAGGAUAAGCACAGACCAUAAAGAAAAGUCAAGAGCUGACAAGAAAGAUAAAUCAAGAAAGAGUAUAGACCGCUCUGAGAAAGCAUGUAACGGAGCAGAAAUUCCUGAGAAAGCAAGAAAUAGCAUUGACCGUUUUGGUGAAAUGGUGAGAUCAGUUGGUUUGUGCCAUAUUGAUUGUUUUAGGCCCAGGGCAACUCAAGCAUAAAGAUGACUCCAUGACAAAAGCUUACACGUUGAGGGAAAGCCAUGUCUUUAUUGGCAUAACAUAACAACAACUGGGGAACUCAGCAUUGUUGCCAGCACCUCCCCCAACUUCCUUUGGUGGAUCGGGCAACGAUGAAGCUUUUUUUAUUGAAUUCUCUGGCUGUAUCUGAAUUUUUUAUUGCGUCAUAAAUUGCAGUGGUUCUUGGUUUUAUUGGUAGACCUCUGAAUCAACCAUGGCCAAGAGGAGCAUGUUUUUGUUACAGUUUGACUCUUCAUAUAGGUUCUCGUGUGUGUGUGUGAUUGUUUUAGUUUAUAAAACAAAAAUAAUCAUUAGUCAUAACUUUGUCAUUUUCUUUC